AUGGUGGGUUUCAGUCUCCAUUAUGGGAUACCAAACCUCCUAAUUAUAAAGGCACCCCUCCAUCUAGCAUAUCCCUCCACCUCUUUUCUUCCUCCUUCGCCACCACCACCUUCAGUUCGUCCACCAUCAAAUCCUCCUAAAAUUCCUCCUCAUGCUACUACUCCUCACACUCAAAUGCUCGUACUGGUCAUGAUACCCCCAAAUCAUAUUGAUGAUACCAAAAAUAGGGACAAUCUAGUUAAGGAAUUUACCAACGACAUUGGAACUCCUCCAUCCAACACACCUUCCACAUAUUCACUUCCUCCUCCACUGCCACCACCACCUUCAAGUCCUCCACCAUCAAAUCCUCUUAAAAUUCCUCCUCUUGUUACUACUCCUCACACUCAAGUGCUCUCACUUAUCAUGGUACCGCCAACUCAAAUUGAUGAUGCUAAAAAGGGGGAGAAUCUAGUUAAGGAGUUCACCAGUGGCACUGGUACUAAUGAUGUUGAAGAUAAAACCUAUGUUUUAUUGAAGUACAACCUCUACACACAUUAUUUCCUAACACUAACACUACCGAUGCUAAUGUUAUUGGGGGAGCAGCAUGACCCUCAUGGGGAACCAAGUGACACUGAAUUAGAUGGAGAUGAUAUUCCUCUAAUCAAGAAGCAAAAAGAAUUAACUGCUCCUAAUGCAACACAACAUCCGGAAAGCAUAAUAACCAUACUUGAACGAAACAAGUUUGAAGAUAUGCUAACAAGAAGAAGUGACCCAAAUCUAAUCAUCAAAGUGAGAUGCACUAAGCCCAAAACUAAAAUAAUGCUGACAAUGUAUAUCACCAGGCAAGGUUACAAGGGUAAAGCUGUUGGCCAAUACACUGAGACUUAUCACAAAGGUUAUGGAUAUGACUUAGUGCCCAAGACCUCAAAUAAACCUUCCUCGUCCUCAACGUCUACUUCAGUGCCUUGGAGCAGAACCCUUAAUGGUGUGAAAUUUGUACUUCCUUAUGGCACAGAGGUCACUGACAACUCCUUUCUAGUGGUUGUUCAUCAUGUUCAACACAAGUUCAUUCUUGGACCAGAGCAUGAUAUUUUCUACAUGGAUGAAUCCAAAACAUAUGUGCUUCUAACGUUCAAAUGA